UACAUCAAGACUAGAGUAGAGACUGUCUGCAUUUCUGCUUCGCCUUCCAUCUCCGAUUCUCCAUCAGCUGCUUCACCUUCGCUUCCCUUUAACCACCGACUCACCGCCACCGCCACCGCCACCGCCACCGGCGGGGACGGCGCCGCCUUGGCUCCUCUCAUCAGACCCUUCGACCGAGCCCGGGCGGCGGCGGCGGCGGCGGCGGCGGCGGGGGCGCGAAUCCCCUCCGGUGACCGGACUUGGAUUCGGGUCCGAGCAGUCGCGGCUCAGGCUGAAGCAAGACGACAUUGGAGAGGGCAGAGGAAACUUUCAUGGGUCUUGGUCCCAAACAGCCUCAGUUUUGCUUGAAGUGGCCAUGGGACAUCCACCGGAACGACACUGACCCCAAAGGCUGUAGCUUUGAAACUCCGUGGUUGUUCAAAUCUUUGCAGAACGUGGGCUCUCUGGCUUCCAAUCUCGUCGUCUCCGCCUUAAAACCUCCUCUUUCUCAUGACCCAUCUUCUCAAUCCUCGCCCUUAGUCGCUGGAAACGGUAAAGGCAAGGUCUUGAAGUCGCAAAAGAAGGGCUUGAGCGCUGCAGAGCAAGGGGAGGCGGAGCAGAGGGCGUUUGCCUCUGCUUUGGCCAGUCGGAAGGAGGCCACUGUGAUCGAGUUCUACUCGCCCAAGUGCAGGCUGUGUAGUUCUCUGCUCAAGUUUGUUCUGGAGGUGGAGGGGCGGAAUUCGGAUUGGCUCAACAUUGUUAUGGCCGAUGCAGAGAACGAGAUGUGGCUUCCUGAGCUUCUCCACUAUGACAUUAGAUAUGUUCCUUGCUUUGUGCUUUUGGACAAAAAUGGGAGCGCACUGGCAAAAACAGGUGUUCCAAGCAGUAGGCUUCAUGUAAUAGCUGGCCUGUCUCAUCUUCUCAAAAUGAAGCGUCCGCAAAACAAAUGAUUGCUACAUCGAGCGCUGCUGGUGAUUGAGCUGACACCAGAUGACAAUUCUAGCCAAAAUCAAAUUUUUUGGGCACAACAAAUUCUUGUAAGCUAUGGUGGAAUCUGAAGUUGCCUCAGCUGAUUGUGUGGAAUCGCUGAGUGCCUUUGUAUACUUUUACCAGGAGUAGCCUGUCAACGCUACUAGUCAAGUGAUCUGUACCUUUCCUUUUCUGUAGAGUUCUGACAGGCUGAAUAUGUGAGAGGUUACUAAUUGAUGGUGUUUCUUCCCAAUAAAAAUGGUUGAAAACAUGAAACCAGUUCCAUGUCAACCGAUUCCCAUGUCCUUAUUAAUCAUGGCGCAGUUUGUCA